AUUCACGGGAUACGGGCCUGAGCUGAAUCCCCUCCUUAGAUAUAUGUUCGUCGGUUGCUACGUAAUACACCGACCAUAGAAUUACAGUAACUGGGCACAAGUCGUGGCAUAUACACAUCUGUCUACCGGCUUUCCUUCGUAUCAUCUGUCAAUACGACAAAUUAAGGCUAUUUUUACGAGACUUGAAAAAAAUGGCUGAACAAGUACCGAGUCCUACGAAGGACGGACCCCAUUUGGAGGUAUUGAAUCGAGUGAAGAACAUUCCAGUUGUCAGUACAGCUAUUGAAAAAACUGGUUCAACGUAUUCGUACGUCAAGGGGUCCCAUCAUCUCGUAAAUUGGGCAUUGAAUCAGGCUGAGGCAGGAAUAAACUACGCGGCAGCUACUGCUGCACCGAUCGCGGCUCCAAUAGCUAAGAAAUUCGAGGGUCAGAUUAAUACUGUUGAUCAAAAAUUGUGUCACGGGCUGGACAUUGUCGAGCAAAAAGUGCCGAUGGUGAAGCAACCACCACAGGAAAUCUACGAUGCCGCGAGGAACGUGAUGAGCACUUCUCUUCAACCCACAAUCGAGAAAAUUACAGCUGUUAAAGAAUCAGCCACUCACCAAGCUUCCACUGUUAAAGAAAUUAGUAUCAACAAGGCAAAUGAAAUCCUUAACACUCACUACGGAGCACUGGCCGUUCAGGGUAUUGACAACACUAGUGCACUUGUUAACCGACUUUUGGAUCACUAUUUUCCGCCCGUAGUGGGAGAAGAGGCUGCACCAGCACCAGUCUCAGCUGACGAGAACAAAGUACUGCACACAGUGCAAACUAUUGGUCAAUUAUCCAGCAAAACUGCGAACCGCGUGUACCAUUCAGUAGCGGCACAAUUGAGGACAGUAAAGAGAGAGGAUGUGGCUGCAUACAUGCAGAGUGUGAUUUCCAUUCUCCACUUGACGAAUUUCCUCAAUGGAGGAAGGGUAGAGAACACCCCUGAAACACCUACAUCAUCAGCAGGAGAAAAGAAGGACCAAGAGAAGUGAACGACCAUGAAUUUACCUACCUUAAGCACUUUCAGAAACACUUCCCUAUAAAAAUAUUGAUUAUAUUGGCAAAAUCGUUUAUAAAAUUUAUGUAAUCCAAUUUUCACAUUUGCAUUAAAAAUAUUUUUCUUUAACUAUGA